AUGAGAAGCACCGAGGCGGGGAACCGCCCGGUGGAAGAAUCUGGUUCGCCGCCGGCGUGGGCUUGGGAGCUCCGUGGGCAAAUCGAGCACUUGGCGGGCAUGUUCAACGAGUUGAGCUCGAAGUUAAACUCCUCACCUUCGAUAGGGCGGUCAACGACCGACGUUCAAGGUGAGGAUACGGUCGACACCGCUGUCAGCGACGAUCCCAGUGUCGAGGAGCACCGAACCUCCUUACUAGACUUCGUCGGGGUGCAAGGGGUACCGACGAGGGGAGGUCAAUGUCGUCGAGGGGUUGACAUAACGAAGGUGUCCAAGAGGGCACGGAAUACCAGAGCUGUCACUGGAGGGCCCUUCAUCGGGGUUGCCGAUGCCAGAGGCUUCAUCUGUUUCAAGAGGCAGGUGAAGAGUUUGCCUGAGAUCCAAUUGAGUGGUCGGUAUGGACCUUCAGAAGAAGAUGAAUGGGCAUUCGAGUAUUUCUACGUGAACCACAACGUCAGCGAACCCCUGAGACAGUUAAUUAAUGAUACUUGUGCGAGGAACAAGGACCUCACGUUCAAGGCGAGAGUGCUGACUAUGUGGAGUGUCCUCGAGAGCUACUCGGACGGCACUGACGAGAUGUCAUUGGUGAAGCGAUGGGAAGCCUUGGGUUGCGGCCCUGAGGGAGCGAAGGGGUUGGAGACCUUCGUGUCCAAAUUGGAAGGCCUUCGAGAUCAGCUGUCCGAA